AUGGUCGAACGCAAAUGCCGAUCGAUUCCUGACAUCACCUUUACAAACGCCGACUUCCAUGCACCCGACCCUGAUCAUGAUGACCCUAUGGUCAUCACAGCUAGUAUCGCUCGGUAUGAUGUCGGCAAGGUCCUCGUCGACCAAGGGAGUUCGGUCAACAUUUUGUACUGGUCCACCUUUCGGAAAAUAGCCCUAUUUGAGGAUCUCAUCGCCCCGUUUAACGAACAAAUCGUAGGAUUCUCAGGAGAAAGAGUGGAUACCAGAGGAUACCUGGACCUGCGAACUCGGCUCGGAACAAGUCGGGAAGCACCUGAACUUCGAAUUCGGUUCCUGCUGGUCGAGGCAAAUACAUCGUAUAACGCCCUACUAGGACGACCUUGCCUGAAUGCGUUCGGGGCAAUUGUAUCCACUCCUCACCUCGCCAUGAAAUUUCCGACAGAGCACGGUGACAUUUGUACCGUAAGGGCAGAUCAACGAACAGCCCGACAGUGUUAUGUGGCGGGGCUGAAAGUAACCCCUUUCAUUCCAACUAGAAGGACAACAGGAGUCGAGGCAGCGGCAGUCGACUUGGACCCCCGAACCAAUAUAGACGAGCGUCUUCUUCCGCAAGGCGAAGUUAAACUCCUCUCCUUGACGAGUGACGCAUCUAAAACCACUACCAUUGGCGGGGACCUCACCUCAAGCGAUGAACGCGAUCUGGAGCGUAUACUACGGAACCAUGCCGAUUUAUUUGCAUGGACGACCGCCGACAUGCCAGGAAUUCACCCCGGGGUCAUGGCCCACAGAUUAUCCAUCUUCCGGGAGGCACGGCCUGUCGACCAGAAAAAGCGACGGUUCGGGGAGGAGAAGCGCAAAGCCAUUCAAGCGGAGGUCGAGAAGUUGAUGAACGCCCAGUUUAUCAGAGAGUUAACUUACACUACGUGGCUGUCAAACGUAGUCAUGGUUAAGAAGUCAAAUGGCCAGUGGAGAAUGUGUGUCGACUUCACAGAUCUCAACAAGGCAUGUCCCAAAGAUUCAUAUCCCCUACCUAGCAUCGAUCGUUUGGUAGAUGGAGCUUCAGGUCAUGUUAUACUGAGUUUUCUCGACGCUUAUUCAGGAUACAACCAGAUCCCAAUGUACAAACCAGAUCAAAACAAGACGGCCUUCAUUACCGAACGCGCUAAUUACUGUUAUGAGGUAAUGCCGUUUGGAUUGAAGAAUGCCGGGGCCACUUACCAGCGCCUCAUGGAUAAAGUAUUCCAUCAUCAAAUAGGACGAUGUAUGGAUGUGUAUGUCGACGACAUGGUUGUUCACAGCCAUUCUAUGGAGCAACACCUGCAGGAUUUGAAGGAAGUGUUUGGCCAACUUCGACGAUACAGCCUGCGCCUUAACCCUUCCAAGUGCACUUUCGGCGUUCCCGCCGGUAAGUUCUUGGGCUUCAUGCUCACGCGUCGAGGCAUUGAAGCAAAUCCGGACAAGUGCAGCGCUGUACUCAACAUGACGGCUCCGCAAACUUUAAGGGAUGUGCAGCGUCUGGUGGGGCGACUUACAGCUUUGUCCCGGUUCAUCCCGAAGCUCGCCGAGCACAUCAAACCCAUCCUGAAGAAUUUAAAAAAGGGCACCACCCGACACUGGGACGAUGAUUGUGAAGCAGCAUUCGACACUGUCAAACGCAUUCUCACAAGUCCUCCGAUUAUGGCUCGGCCGGACGAUGGAUCUGACUUACAGCUGUACAUUGCGGCAUCCCACCACGCUGUUAGUGCUGCCUUGAUACAGGAAGCACCCUCCCUUAAACUUAUAUACUUCGUCAGUCGUACGCUGCAGGGGGCCGAAGAGCGCUAUUCUCGAAUUGAGAAAAUUGCCCUGGCAUUGCUCACCGCUUCUCGACGCCUCCGCCCGUAUUUCCAAAGUCAUCAAGUGAUAGUCCGCACAGACCAUCCCAUUGCCAAGAUCCUUCGCAAACCCGACUUGGCAGGAAGGAUGGUCUCCUGGUCCGUAGAACUGUCAGAAUUCGGACUCCGCUACGAGCCGCGUGGGUCCGUCAAGGGUCAACACUUAGCAGACUUUGCGGCUGAGUCGCUACCCCCCCCAGAGGACUCAAUCACCAAUUGGCUACUCAGUGUAGACGGAUCCUCCGGCAAAAACGGGGGAGGAGCCGGUAUCGUUCUAGAAGGACCAGAUGGUUUAGUUAUCGAGCAAGCCAUCACCUUCAAUUUCCCAGCUAGCAAUAACCAGGCCGAAUACGAAGCCUUGAUUGCUGGCCUAUCCCUAGCCAGGGAGCUCACGGUUGAUCGUUUAGAGUGUCGGAUGGACUCGAAGUUGGUAGUCGGCCACGUGAACGGAACCUAUCAAGUCAAAGAUAAUCAGCUAUUACGUUAUUUCCACAAGGCUCAAUCCUUACUCCGAAAUUUCGUCGAGGUUAACGUCAUCCAUGUACCCAGGGAACAAAACGCAAAAGCAUAUCUCUUGUCUAAAUUGGCUCAUUCCAAGGAGCGAGCACCGCUAUCCUCAAUCAUUAAGAUGACGCUCGAUAGUCCUGUGGUGGAAGCGUUCGUCACCAAUCUAUCGACACCUACAACAGAUUGGCGCCAGAAUAUUAAGGAUCUUAUGGAAAAACAAGACAAUGGAGACAGCAUUUCUGUGGUUGAUUCCAAGCGCAUUGCACGUUUUGUGUGUAUAGGUGACGACCUAUACCGUCGCGGCUAUGGCACUCCUCUGUUGAAGUGCAUUUCAGAGGAAGAGGCAAACUACGUACUGCGCGAGUUACACACCGGGAUAUGCGGGUUGCACUCUGGCAAACGGACCAUGAGAGCACGUGUUCUCCGCGCGGGAUAUUAUUGGCCUACGCUCGACCACGACUGUGAAACAUUCGUCAAGAGCUGUAUUUCCUGUCAGGCCCAUGGUCACGACAUCCACGCACCUCCCGAAGAUUUGCACCAUAUCGUCUCUCCCUGGCCGUUCGCUCAGUGGGGUCUCGACAUAGUUGGACCGCUGCCGAUCGCCAAAGCGCAAAACAAGUUCCUCCUAGUAGCGGUCGACUACUUCACAAAAUGGAUAGAAGCCGAGCCGUUAUCCGUUAUCAGUGCCCAACGAGUACAGAAGUUCAUCUGGCGUCUCAUCUGUCGAUUCGGCCUCCCUAAGAAAAUCAUCACCGACAACGGUCGCCAAUUCGUUGAGCGUAAACUAGAAGAUUUCCUUAGCCAGUUAGGCAUCCAAAUUGUCACCUUAUCCGUCGAACAUCCUCAAACUAACGGCCAAGCAGAGGCCGCGAACAAAGCCAUACUGACAGAGUUAAAGAAGCGACUUGGUGAAGCCAAAGGUUUAUGGGUGGAGGAACUACCAGAGGUUUUAUGGGCGUACAGAUGCACACCUCACGGCUCUACAGGGGACACCCCAUUCAACCUGACUUACGGCACUGAUGCAUGCUCCCAAUCGAAGUUGGCGAGCCUUCAUUAA